UCUUUCAUUCGUUUUCUCCGGCGACAAGGGUUUUGUUAGGUUCGGAAAUAUAACCUUCAACGUUCAUAUCGUCGACGGUUUUCCACGGUCAAAGUCAUAACGGACUUCAGAGCCGUUACCCGCCAUUCUCGGGUGCCAGCUGUCUCGGCCCCCGCUUAUUCCACUCGGGCUUAUAUAUUUCUCCCGCACUCACACUCUCAUCUUCAGCACAUUCUCACAUUAGAAUCACAGCGCUCCAUCAACGCCCUCUUCCCUUCCGAGUGUUCGUUGCCCAAACCAAACGCUAGAUUGUUACCUGGCAAUCGGAGGAAGAGAGAGCAGAACUGAAAGAAGUUUCUCGCCUCGUCUCGGUGAUGAAAAAUAGAGGGAGGUAGCUGAAAAUUUGAUUCUCAUGCAUGAGGAGUGUGUGGAUGGUAACUUUAGCUCUAUCGAAAUGUUGAGCCAAUCUUCUCUUCCACGAGUUGCUCGUUCUCAUGUUAGUCAGUUGCUUUCUUUCAUCUCUCACUUCUUCAGGAACUAUUGGCGUCUCCAAAGGAGAUUGAACCUUUUGGUAUCCAUCACGCAUCUCAAAUGGCUGCUCUGGACUGCAUUGUAUCUGUUGAAGGCGAUGGUGUUUAUAUCCUCAUAUACUGGAAACAUGGCUACAACAGUUGAAUGUCACCGCCGUUUCCUUGGAAAUAGGAGGACAAUACCACCAGACAGGCAAGAGAUCUGCAAGGAAGAAGAAGAAGCUUUCUAUGUUAAUCCUUUGCCCAAUUGUUUAUGUCAGAGAGAACAAUCAAACUCACAAACCACAAUUGAAUAUUAAUGGACCUAUUAGAAACUUAACAAAGUU